AUUUCCGCAGACGGAGUGGGUGUUGCUGUCGGGAAUUAUGGUGUUGCCACAUCAACAGAGGACAAAGGAGCAACGAACGAAAGUUCCCGAAAGAGCAGUGUGGAGCAGUCCAGGUCUGCGUCGAACUCCCAGAGUCUACGACAGCAUGCGCCAGGCGGUCCGCGUAAUCGAACUUUUUCUUCAACGUCGUCCAUAACGAACGUUAGCACGCGAAGGAUGAUGAACAGGAGG